GGCUCACACACGCGGGUCUGCGGAGAUACUUUCGGGGCCUCGCAGCUCGCGGUCGCUGCUUGAGUCACUCGGUUCUCCUCUUUCCUCUAUUCCUUUACCACCCACGGGGGCCGCGCUCUCGCUGGGUCUCUGCAUUUCCUUUUCUUUUCGGCCUUGAACUGAUCCAGGUGGGAGACAGGUCCGCGGGUGGAAAGAGGUAGAGAUAGGCAGGCAGGCUCAACAGGUCGGAGCAGGGAGAGGGGCUCUCGGACCCUGCGCCUCCGCGCGGGGGACCACUAAGGAGGUGUCGGAUUUUGGGGGGUUAGAAGAGCUGCCCUGGUGGGUUUCAUUUCAGCUGUGACCCCCACACUCCCGGCGCCACACAGUCCCCUGCCGGAGGGUGCUUUUCACUCCUAGCUGGAAGGGGAGAAGGAAUCUGGAGGACGGUCCACGCCGCUGAUCCGGACGCCGAGCCACGCGCAGGUCCAUCUCCAACCAACUAGUUGUGCAGCUGCAGGGACUGAACUUUGCAGGAACCAGCCCUUCCCCUCAUUCUAAGAUUAUUGGAGGAGGUAGAGAGUGGAAGGCUUAGCGGAGGCCGGCGACUCUGCCACAAUGUUGGUGAAGAAGCUUGCAGGGAAGGGAGGGGGACGAGAGUCUGGAUCUGAAGAUCCGCGCCCCUUGGGACAGCGUUGUGCCGGCACCAUGCCCUCGUGCGCGGCCCUGGCGACCCUCCUGUCAGUGGUUGCUGUGGUUUUCUGUUUGUAUCUUGGGGUGAAAACCAACGACCUCCAGGCGAGGAUUGCUGCUCUUGAAUCUGCUAAAGGGACCCCUUCCUUCCAUCCGCUGCCUGACACCAUGGAUGAGCUGAAGGCAAUGGUUCAGGAGAAAGUGGAGCGGCUCUUGGCUCAGAAAUCCUAUGAACAUAUGGCUAAAAUAAGAAUCGCCAGGGAGGCACCUUCAGAGUGCAACUGCCCAGCAGGUCCUCCAGGGAAACGAGGGAAGAGAGGCCGAAGAGGAGAAUCUGGUCCUCCUGGUCAGCCUGGUCCUCAGGGCCCUCCUGGUCUGAAAGGUGACAAGGGAGAACAAGGUGACCAGGGGCCUCGGAUGGUGUUUCCUAAAAUCAAUCAUGGCUUUCUCUCUGCUGAUCAGCAGCUCAUUAAACGCCGGCUGAUUAAGGGUGACCAAGGACAGGCAGGGCCUCCAGGACCCCCAGGCCCUCCUGGUCCAAGAGGUCCCCCUGGGGACACAGGAAAAGACGGGCCCCGAGGAAUGCCAGGAGUACCCGGUGAACCAGGAAAACCAGGAGAACAAGGCUUGAUGGGACCUCUGGGGCCUCCAGGACAAAAGGGUUCCAUUGGAGCACCUGGGACCCCAGGCAUGGAUGGGCAAAAGGGUGAGCCUGGAUCACCUGGAGCGGCCGGGCAGAGUGGACUACCAGGACCCAAGGGGGAACCUGGAAAAGAAGGAGAAAAGGGAGAUGCUGGAGAAAAUGGUCCCAAAGGUGACACAGGAGAAAAGGGUGACCCUGGAUCGUCCGCUGCAGGAAUUAAGGGAGAACCUGGAGAAUCUGGUCGUCCGGGGCAGAAGGGUGAACCAGGGCUGCCUGGGCUGCCUGGACUUCCGGGGAUAAAGGGAGAACCAGGCUUCAUUGGUCCUCAAGGGGAACCAGGCUUACCAGGGUUACCAGGAACAAAAGGCGAACGUGGGGAGGCGGGGCCUCCUGGAAGAGGUGAACGAGGGGAUCCUGGAGCCCCUGGGCCAAAGGGGAAGCAAGGUGAAUCAGGAGCUAGAGGCCCCAAGGGGUCAAAGGGUGAUCGUGGAGACAAAGGAGACUCUGGAGCUCUGGGACCACGGGGUCCUCCUGGGCAAAAGGGAGAUCCAGGAGCCACUGAGAUCAUAGACUACAAUGGCAACCUCCACGAGGCCUUACAGAGGAUUACCACCUUAACUGUCACGGGCCCGCCUGGACCUCCUGGACCUCAAGGACUGCAAGGACCAAAGGGUGAGCAAGGCUCUCCAGGAAUCCCCGGAGUUGAUGGAGAACAGGGACUCAAAGGCUCAAAAGGAGACAUGGGGGACCCAGGUAUGCCAGGUGAAAAAGGAGGAAUCGGACUUCCUGGAUUGCCGGGCGCCAAUGGAGUAAAAGGAGAGAAAGGAGACUCCGGGUUGCCGGGUCCUCAGGGGCCUUCUAUCAUAGGCCCACCAGGCCCUCCAGGUCCCCAUGGCCCACCUGGUCCCAUGGGACCCCAUGGACUUCCUGGACCAAAGGGAGCAUCUGGCUUAGACGGAAAGCCAGGAUCCCGGGGUGCAGAUGGUCCUAUAGGACCCCAUGGCCCUGCAGGUCCCAAAGGAGAAAGAGGAGAGAAAGGAGCUGUGGGAGAGCCUGGACCCCGAGGGCCCUAUGGGCUACCUGGCAAAGAUGGAGAGCCUGGUCUUGAUGGCUUCCCUGGCCCUCGAGGCGAGAAGGGUGACCUGGGAGAAAAGGGAGAAAAGGGAUUCCGUGGCGUUAAGGGGGAAAAGGGGGAGCCGGGCCAGCCUGGCCUGGAUGGGCUGGAUGCUCCUUGCCAAUUGGGACCGGAUGGAUUACCUAUGCCUGGAUGCUGGCAAAAGUGAUGAAUCUGACCUUCUAAGCAUGAAGUUGUGUAUAUAAUGGUCCACCUUUUAUAUUUAUAGUUGAAAAACUGAAGUGCAGAUUUUGCAAGUGUGAGGUCUGCUCACCCAACACACUGCUUCUCCCUGUCCACAGUAGCACACUUGUCCAUCUUUCCUCACCCCCGAAGUGAGGCAGUUCCCGGAAGUGAGGAACCUGCAGGAAAUAUAGUGUCUCUAUUUUAUGUGAACGUAUGUGUUUAUACGGACAUCAGUGAUAGAGAACAAUUGAUUGCUUUUGCUAUUUUCCUAUUUGGGGCUUGUUCAUUGCAUGGACAGAGAGCACCAUGAAAUAGUUUACAUGAAAUCGUGACCAAAUAUGGACUCAAAGCUAUGAACAUGCGUCACACAUUUCCCUGGUAGCAUUCAUUCAUUCAUGCCUACACCACCUACUGAAACUGACUAAAACCAGCAUGACCGUGUGCCAAACCUGCUUGCGCUAGUGCAGUUGCUUGCAUGCUGCCCAGUGAGUUCUUUGACUACAUCUGAGCUCUUGUUCCUUUUGUCAUCUCAAGGGGGUUACACCGUGGCUUAUUGCCAAAAAGAGAUAAGUUGGCGGAGAGCACACACACACAGUUGGUCUUGUAUUUUGAGGGAGUUGCAGUCCCGACUGCAGAUCCACAUCUUGUGGGCUCCUGUGACCACCUUGGUUGAAAUACCAAAGGGUUAGGCUGAUGGCGGCCACUAGUUUUCCUCGGGCUGCGCUUGGCAGCGAAGAGGUGGGAAGAGGACCGGGUCAGCAUCCUGCACUGUCUUUCACGUGACCGAGUUGGGAGGAGCUUUACAAACGCGAAACCCAGAACAGCAGAAAUUGGUUUUCUACAUGAUCUGAUCAGACUUCCCACGGUUGUUGAUGCUUUGGGAGAAUGUCAGAGGUAUGCCGCCGUGUUUUGGAGACAGCAGAGUCUUGAAACGGAGGCCCCUGUUUGUGCAGAUUGAAAGGUGCGGACCUCCUAUCAGAGCUGCUGAAGAGAGAGAGAGAGACUGCGUCCCAAGAUGGGAUCAGACAGAAUAAGCCGUGCUACGAAUGCAGACUUUACCAAAAGUGGUCGGAAAGUGUCCCUUCCUUCCUUUCUUCCCAGGUUGAUCCAUACCAAACGUUUUUUUCUACAAGUUUGAGAAACAAAACGUAGUUUCCAGUUUCUCUCAUACUUUUAUUUUCUUAGUCCAGGAACAGAAACCAUUUAUUUCAGUUUGGGUCUCAUGGGUUUUUAAACAAUAUUUUUAGAAAAGUUUUCAGAUCAUAAUUUGAAUCCAACCGCAAAAAAUAAGCUCUUCGCAUCUCUUUUUUGUUGGUUGUUUGUUUGAGAUAAUUGAAGAAAUUAGAGGGAGAUUCCAUUUUUGGCUUAACUGUUGUAAAGUAUGAAGGUUAAGAAUUGUUUCACUACAUUUUUUAUUUACAUUGACAAUGUACCUGUCAGUUAUUGUAAAGUCAAAUUUUUAUUAUGCUUGGUAGCAUGAACUUGCUUCUUCUAAGCUUUUUUUUUCCUAUAUCGAAGUUUAUUUCUCACUUUUGUUUUUACAUUUCUAAGUGUCGUAUACACAGACCAAAUCUGAGGCCUCAGAAAGCUCUGAAGUACAGUUGCCAAAAAACGAGCCUUUGUUUUUAUUGACUUGCUCAAAACUCACCCGAGUCUUAGCCUGGGCAUUUCUUUGCAUGGUGAAGACUUCACGACAUGUUUUGAAAUAACUUAUCCUAAGUGGAAGGGUUGCCUCAAAGAAGCACCCUCAGUGAGAACCGCCAUUCUGGUAGCCCAUUAGAGAAUUUCAUUUCCCUCAGUGAUUAAAUGCCAUUUUUAUGGGAAUGUUUCUGGUUCUGGGCUUGGAUAUUUACCACCAGAGGGGAAAUUAGUUCAUGCUUGGGAUAACAGCAAUGAAGCUACAGCUUCGACACAGACCCUAAGAUGUCAUUCAUGUUGUGUAACCAAAUGCUUGAUCAUGCAAAAUGGUGUCUUCUUUUUCUUUAUGUCAUUUCUGAGAUUAGAAUUUAAUAUUUCUGAUAACAUUCCACACUCCUAAGCCAAUUUAGUAUUUUUUUUUUAAAUGGAGACUAUUUUCUAACAAUUUCUUGUAUGAUGUAGUUAGGGUAAGGUAUUUCUCAAUAUAUGAAACAAUUCGUCUUAAAUCUUUUAAGGGGCAAAAGUGAGCCCAAGACUACACAUUAUCUCCAGGAAAGAAAACCAGAACAACUAUAGAGUCUUGAGGCCAUAUAUCCUCUUAUCCUCCUUUCUGUUUCUCCACUUGAAAGAGGUUUAUUUAAAACGUAAAGAGAUUCGAAUGAGACUAGCUCAACAAAAGAAGCAGGAAGGCACUGGACAGAGCCCUGGAAAGAUACCGCCUAGACUGUGUGUGCAUCUGGGGUCUGGCUUGUAAGACACAUUUAAAGGAAUAUGUAAACGUCCAUUUCACGUACAGACCGAAGGGACGAUGGUGGUCCUCUGUGCUUAGUGGAUUGCUAGGUUAACCACCAUGAGUUAGCCUUAAACUUUGGGCUCUUAAGACAUCAUUAAUCAUCCAUUUUAUCAUCAAGCUGAAUAAUUUCUAAAUGAGUGAAUAAUAAGUCAUCAUUGCUAGUACAUAGGUUAAUAGAUAGCAUUCUUUCUUAUAAAGACUUCUUUAGGAGAAUUAAGAAAAAAAUGAAGCACCCAUGGGAACUACAUCAAGGUCAGGUUUUUGGGUUGUUUUUUUUUUUUCUUCAGAGACAGCCAACGUCUCUAAAGGAUGGCAUUGUUGUGUCCUUUGCAGUGUUUUCCAUUAGUAUUGUUGGUGCUGUUACGUCUUCUUCCUUUUUAUCUUUAUGGGCCGUGGACCUCAACUGUGGAUAAUUUCAUCUCUCUGUUUAAUGGCGUUCCCGAGCUGUUAGUGCACAGUUUCGUUUUGGGAGUUCAUGAAUUUGUUGUAAAUGUAGUUCAGUGGCCAGCCUUUCCUGAUGUGAACCCGCAUUCCGCAGCUCCCCGUGUUCUUUGCUCACGUUAUACGCCACACGCCUUUAUCAGUUCGCAUUGAUUGCCUCCCCUUUUGAGUCACUCGCCUUUCAGCUUCCGUAGCCAGUGUUCAAGAAGUCUGCAUUACACGUAGGUCACCCGGUAAAUGGCUGUCCUUUCCCGCCAUCAAAGGCAGCCUUGGAAGAUUCUUCCUUGCCCCGUUAUUUUAUGGAGAGCAUUGGAAUGCCUCCCCUUCCUACCAGUACAAAGCUCUGCGUCUUUGUAUCUACAGUCUGUGCAUAUGAUGCGUUAGCGGGGCAGUUUACAUGUAUGACAUGUACAUUGUGUAUAUAUCUGCUAGCUUAGGAAAAUGGUCAGAGCACCAUUCUGUACCUAUGGGGAAGCUGUCCUUGGUGUCUUACAUGUUUGGCACUCAGGAAACACGCCUAAAGUAUUUCCAAGUAUGCUUUUAAAAUAUUGCUAUCAAAGCAUUAAAAAAAAAUAACAUUUUUAAUCCCCGCCACCUGCUAUACCUGUCUUACUGUAGUUUGGCAUCUUCUCAUAAGGGGUUGUGAGAAACUUGGAUGCUGACAUUUGAGACCUUGAUUUUCUUCCUUUCUUGAUGUUCAAAUUAUUUAAUGCUACUAAGACAAAGAAAACAAAAGCUUUGCUAACUUACGAGGUUCAUGGGAGGUUUAUUAUCCCAGAAAUCGUUUGGAGGUCAGCUCUGGUGCUGGCGAUUGACAGCCCUGAGCAGUUACAAUUCUGCCAAGCUCCCUUAGCUGUAAAAGUCUUUUGUCUUUUACAGAAAGGAACCAGGUCUGUUUUCCUAAGCUAUCUUCUCUUUCAUCUUCUUUUUGCCCCUUGUUUUAUGCCCAGAGACACUCCUCUCACUUAGAUUGCUGGUGAAUUUAUUUAGGGUUUUCCUUACUUUUAUACUAAUAAACAUUUUAAUGACUUUUUUUUUCCACUAAAAUGUAUGAGCUGCCUCCCCUGCUUAUUGGCAGAGUGAUUUGGAGACAGGAGGAUGGACCCCGUUGUGCUUGAUUUCUUGACAAGAGAAAAAUACCAACAUUUUUCAAAAUGAGUUGACAUUCUGACCCAUCUCAGAAAUACUAAUGAGUCGGAUUCAAGGAGGAAUGGCUCCCAUAUUGCUGACAUCUGGGUGGAUAUUCUUUACAAUGUUGUAAAUGUUUCAUUAAGCUGGACAUUUUUAAAAAGAUGUACGUAUCUGAUUUAUCUUUUGGAAAUAUUAUAUUUUUAUUUGUAUUUUUUACAUUUUAAAGUUCAUCUCUAUGUGCAGCUAUUUUUAUAUUGCCAAAAACUCACAUAAAUACAUAGUAAGAGGGGAAUGGGGGGGGUGGCACAUGUAACCUUGUGUGUAGGGUUUUAUUUUAAUGUUUUAUGGGUCAGUCUCGUGUUACUUGGUUAUUCUAAGAAUGCGUUGUAUCUUUUCACUGUACAUAUGGCACAAACUUGAUUAUCUCAGUAGUGUAAAUAUUUAAAAGAUUGAUUUUUUUUCCUGUUUGAUUUUUUAUUUCAGUUGUAAUUUUUCCAACUGUCAUUACCGAAUCAAAGGCCUGUGAAGGUUUUGAUUUGCAAUCUGGAGAUGAUUGUUUUGUGUUCACUUUCUGAUUUGUUGGUUUUUUUUAAUUACUUUCAAAACUUGUUUUCAGGGUUCCUAGUUUGUGAGAAGUUGACCUUCGGAAUUAUUUUUACACUAUUUAUGACUUAUUUUCAUAAUGUAAAAAGUGUGUAAUUAUUACAUUAACGCAAACAAUGAUAAUUGUAUUGUUAUAAAGUUUUAAUGAUAUUCCUGAGAA